UCUGACGUCACGUCCCUCACCGGAAGUCUUUUAACAGAGGAGCGGGGUGUUGUUGACACCGGGACGAGCGACCAUGGCUACCGACGUGCGGCAAGAGCUCGCACAGCUCAUGAACUCAAGUGGCUCCCACAAAGACCUCGCGGCCAAAUACCGACAAAUCCUGGAAAAGGCGGUCCAGUUCACAGAUGCGGAUCAACUGGAGUCCUUGAAGGCCUUUGUGGAAGCGAUGGUGAAUGAAAACGUGAGCCUGGUCAUCUCCAGACAGCUGCUCACCGACUUCUGCACACAUCUCCCCAACUUGCCGGACACCACAGCCAAGGCGGUGUACCACUUCACCUUGGAGAAGAUCCAGCCCAGGGUCAUAUCCUUCGAGGAACAAGUGGCCUCCAUCAGACAGCACUUAGCCACCAUUUACGAAAAGGAGGGCGACUGGAGGAACGCGGCCCAGGUUUUGGUGGGGAUCCCCCUGGAGACGGGACAGAAGCAGUACAACGUGGACUACAAGUUGGACACCUACCUGAAAAUCGCCCGCCUCUACCUGGAGGACGACGACCCGGUGCAGGCGGAGGCCUACAUCAACAGAGCCUCGCUGCUCCAGAACGAGUCCUCUAACGAGCAGCUGCAGAUCCACUACAAGGUUUGCUACGCCAGAGUCCUGGACUUCCGCAGGAAGUUCAUCGAGGCGGCGCAGAGGUACAACGAGCUGUCCUACAAGUCCAUCGUCCACGAGAGCGAGCGUCUGGAGGCCCUCAAGCACGCGCUCAACUGCACCAUCUUGGCGUCGGCAGGCCAGCAGCGUUCCCGCAUGCUGGCCACGCUCUUCAAGGACGAGCGCUGCCAGCAGCUGGCGGCCUACGGCAUCCUGGAGAAGAUGUACCUGGACCGCAUCAUCAGGGGCAACCAGCUGCAGGAGUUUGCCGCCAUGCUCAUGCCUCACCAGAAGGCCACCACGGCGGACGGCUCCAGCAUCCUGGACCGAGCCGUGAUAGAACACAACCUGCUGUCGGCCAGCAAGCUCUACAACAACAUCACCUUCGAGGAGCUGGGAGCGCUGCUGGAAAUACCGCCAGCUAAGGCGGAGAAGAUCGCCUCGCAGAUGAUCACGGAGGGUCGCAUGAACGGCUUCAUCGACCAGAUCGACAGCAUCGUGCACUUUGAAACCCGAGAGCCGCUGCCCACCUGGGACAAGCAGAUCCAGUCUCUGUGUUUCCAAGUCAACAACCUCCUGGAGAAGAUCCGACAGGCGGCUCCUGAGUGGGCGGCCCAGGCCUUGGAGAGCCAGAUGACUCAGUAACAUGUCUUCCUGCUCAGAGGACACACCCACUGGAAAUUAUGUCUGAGGUCAUUUGGUUGCUGACCUCCUCACCUUUAUUUUGGCUGCCAGCACGGUCAUGUGACCUCCUCACCUUUAUUUUGGCUGCCAGCACGGUCAGCUCUUCCCCCCCCCCCCCCCCCACCCCCCAACUUUAUUUGUAUUUGAUUUUUUUUUUUUUUUUUUAGCAGCAAAGAAAAUUGAGUAUUAAAACAUGCAAAAAGACCAAGAGCAGACAUUUAAAUAAAGGUCAGGGAUCAUGUCAGAGUCCAGCACU